AUGACAACGCCAGCGGACAUCUCGGUUCAGGUCAUUGUGCCCAACGACGCCAACCCGUCCGGCGCACCGCUCGUCUCAGCCGAACGGCGCAUCACGCCAUCAUGGACGGUUUCGCAACUCAAGACCAAACUUGAGCCGGUGACGGGCAUCCCGGCGUCAUCCCAGACGCUCCGCACGCGCGGCGGGAGAGGCGGCGAGGGCGGCUGGGUGUACCUGUCCUCCGACACGAGCCUCGUGGGCGACCCGGCGUACGGUCUCGGCCGCGGAAGCGAGAUCGAGAUCCUCGACGGCCGGCCCGCGGGGGCGCGCCAGCAGUUCAACUUCGCCGACCUCAGCGGCGUCGAGAAGUACCAGAUGCCCGAGUCCGAGUACGAGAAGCUCGAGGACAGCGUGCUCGCGUGGAAGCGGCGCGCCAAGCUCGGCCGCUUCGACCCGGACCAGAAGACGCCCGCGCAGCUGGCCGAGGAGCGGAGGAAGGUCGACGCCGAGGCCAUCGCCGCCCGGGGGAUCCGCGUGGGCCAGAGGUGCAGGGUCGGCAACGACGACACAAGACGCGGCACGAUCAGGUUCGUCGGCGAGAUCCAAGGCCUGGGAGGCGCCAGGGAGGCCGGGUGCGUGUGGGUGGGCGUCGAGCUGGACGAGCCCGUCGGCCGGAACGACGGGAGUGUACUUGUCGAGGUGGACCUUUCAAACGACGACGACGACGACGACGGCGACGACCACCAAAAAGAACCAUCAUCGCUACCACCAGCAGGGAAGAAAAGGGACAAGACGACCAAGAAAGUAAGGGUCUUCGAGUGUGGUGAGAAAUUCGGCGUGUUUGCGAGGCCCGAAAAGGUCGAGGUCGGAGAACGGUUUGCUCCCCUGGGGUUGGAUGAGUUGCUGGACGAGGAUAUGGAGGAGGUUUGA